AUGGCGGACGCGAACAUUUCAGAGCAUGGAAGUCCAGCAAAUGAUUUGAACGAUCUCUUUGAUUAUGAUGUCGGCUUGGAUGAGAUCAUCCCUGAUAAUAACACCACCAACAACACCAAGCCCGCUACAGGAGGGGGUCCUGCACUGGGCCUCGGUCUCGACGAAGAAGUCAAGGUCACAAAGCAACGGCAACCCGUCGCCAAACUCGAUGAAAGCCGUCUACUCUCACAAGCGGGAAUCCCCAAGCUACGGCAAUCUGCAAAACACAAGCUGAAGUUCAAAGGCAAAGGGCACGAGUUUUCGGAUGCUGCACGCCUUCUCAACUUUUACCAGCUAUGGCUAGACGAUCUAUAUCCACGCGCAAAAUUCGCAGACGGCCUGACAAUGAUCGAGAAGUUGGGUCAUUCAAAAAGAAUUCAGGUCAUGCGAAGAGAAUGGAUUGACGAGGAGAAACCAAGGCCUUUUGACAGCUCAGAGCCUACGCGAGAAAUGCUUGAAAGCCUUCAAAUUCCUAAGAAUACAACCCAUUUUAAUGACGGUGAAGCUCCGGCUACCAAAGACAAGGAGGAGACAGGCGACGGGGACCUAUUCAUUCCAGAUCACGAAGGCACACGACCCACUACCAGCUACCCUGAACCCGAGGACGAUGAUCUAGAUGAUCUUCUCAAGGAACAAGAUGAGCCAACGGCCGAUCGUCCCUCCGAUGUGGCCGCAUUAUCUUCGUGGCCACCGCCUGACGAUCACGACGACUAUGACGAUGAAUAUGAAGCCAUGAAGGAACUUGGGAUGUAG